AUGAUUGGAGAGGAUGCCGUAUCUGACUCCAUCAACCGGGCCGAGUCCAGCCAAGCUACCCGUGGCAGCUGGCAGUCGUGCCAACCCGAGUCCAGCAUCCAAGAGCCGAUCGACACCAUCGUCCACAUCAAGCCAGCAAGCAUGCGAGACUUCUCGGGCGCUGGCCACCAUCCUCCUCAGUCCGACGACACGCCUUUUCCGUCUACCCGCAACCAUCGAGACGAGUCAAACAGACAAGACGAGUCAAGCACUGUGCUGGAACGAUGCCAAGCGCUCGAAUCAACCAUUCGCAAUCUCAGCGUUGAGAUGCGCUCCUACUACCAAAGCAUUGCCCAGUCGCUGCACUGGCUUGACGAUGUGAUCCCCAGCAUCGACCCUGCAGCCGCUCCUGCCGCAUCUGCGACAAAACCCCCUCUGGUGCCGUUCGAAACCUCCUCUCACAGAGGCGGAGGUGGUCCCAAACGAGAUAGGACGCUCACGACUGCAAAAGUCUUUCCGAUAUGA